CUGGAGGAUCUCCACCAAUCAGCGAUCGCUUUAUGUGUCAGAUUGGUUUCCUUUGUGAACAAGAUGGCGUUAAGGGAACUGAGCUCGUUGGAGAAAUUUCUAGGAUUAAAGAAGCCCAAUAAAUACAGCACGCAAGGAGGGCAAAAGGUCCCUGUUCUCCAGAACAGCAAUGGACCAGCAUUGAUUGGUCUGGUCACUAUAGCAUCCCAUCUGAUCCGUGAGGCUAAGAGACCUGUGCUGCUGGGAGACAGCGCUGAACAGAGAGCUGUGGUCCAGCAAUGGCUUGAACAUCGAAUAACAAGACUAGAUAACUGUUCUAAAGAAGAAAUCAACAUUAUUUUGAAGGAUCUUAACCGGUACCUGGAGGACAAAGUUUACCUUGCUGGGAACGUCUUCACCCUGGCAGACAUCCUCAUGUAUUACGGAAUUCACCACAUUGUUGUGGAAUUGGCUGUACAGGAGAAAGAGCGAUAUCUGAAUGUCACCAGGUGGUUUGAUCAUAUCCAGCACUAUCCAGGUGUACGACACCAUUUGCCUCCUGUGGUGGUUUUGAGGAACAGAAUUUACCCAAGUGGUCGCCACUGAUAUCAUAUUGUGGUCUGUCAAAUAAUCCAGGCCGUGAGGUCACAAUUUUAAUGCUCAACUGACAGACAGAGCUGUUCCGUUGUAUUGCACCACAACGCUGACAUUAACCAGUCAGGACAAAUAAAGUUUUUUUUUUUUUUUUUUAUUAUUAUUAUUAUUAUUAUUUUAGUUUUUUUUGUGAGCUAAUGUAUGUCCAUUAGUAGUGUUAUUUAAUAUGUAUGUUUAGAAUGAGUGUAGUUUGUGGAAGGUUUAUUCAAAUUAUGUGGAUUGGAGUACCUAAACGUGAACAAUAAGAAUAGUGGCUGUGGUUAAAAUAAAACUUUUACUAAUGGAAAAGCAGUUGAUUUGAAUAAUAAGCUGAAUAUGAAAAUGUAAAUCUGUUAAUAGCUUUUUUUAGUUAAGUUACUCAUUUAAGAUAAUAUGGAUAUCCCUCACAUCAAGCCACAAAUAUCUUUCCUCAUUUCGCAUUUUUUUUCUGCCAUUUGCCUUUUUCUGGUAGUCUCUGUGCUGGUGUGGGCAGUAGUCUAGUGGUUGAAAGGAUGUCAUGUUUUUGCUCUGGGGCAGUGGGCAGACUACCAGCGGUAGCCACACAAACAGCACUGGUGUGUUUGGGUUUUCUUGUGCUUUUCACUCCAUCCACAACCAGUGUGUAAUUCUCCCCAAAAUCCCCUUCUGUCAUAGCCGUAAAUUUCUUUAGACACUUAAUUGUUCAACUGCUUAAUCCGCUUCUGUGUUAUAAAUCACUGGCUGUGUCAAAGGUUUUCAAUAUUCAAAGUGGUUUUGAAUGAGGCAUUGUUGUAGAAAAUCAACAAUUGUGCAUUUUCACUGCACAAAAUUAAAGCAUUUUAUAAAAGUUUCAAGACAAAAAUACCUUUCCAGUUCCAGGAGACUUGUUCCUGACAACAUUGUAGCAUCAUUGAUCAUAAAAGGUUUAUUUAAAAGAUAUUUCGGGAAACCGAGUGUUUCAUGCAACAUAUAACAUGUGGCCAAUCUGGUUUGGAGCCGUUCUUUCCAUAGCCUUUAUGGUGAAAAAUCCUCAUCUUAUGAAAGGGAGAUGUGUUUUUGCACGUUAACUUAUCUACUGUGCGUAUGCUGACCUAAAGAUCCUGUUGUUCUUUUUAUUAUACUUCCUUUCCUGUAAGCCGCCUUUAUGAAAUGUGUGCUAUUCUCAAGCUCAAGUUUGUGUUCUUUAAUGUCAACAGAAUGUUGUUCUGUGCCAAUAAAUGAAAAGGGGAAAACAGAA